CGCCGUCCUUGCAGAUCAGUCUGUAAAUCAGGGACGCCGCUGAGCUACUGCACCGUGUCGCAGUAAACACCGCUUUCUGUUUGUUGUAUAAUAUAGCGAACCCAUUUCUAACGGCAGAGAAAUGGACAACGACGUCUCUUCUCCGCCGAGCCGACCGACCGGAGCUGCACUGAGAAACACACAGCCCGGAACCUUCGGACGGUUCAUGUCUGUAGCACCCAGAGACAUUUUGCAGUAACUCUUUCCUCUGUGUGGCGCCGCUUGUUUGCAGCUGAAGAGGCUGACCGCGCUGCUGGAAACAGAAAAGACUGGAAGGAGCUUUAACCCACAUCUGUAGCUGAAGAUGACUGACCGCUACAACAUCCACAGCCAGCUGGAGCAUCUGCAGUCUAAGUACAUUGGCACAGGCCAUGCAGACACCACCAAGUGGGAAUGGCUGGUGAAUCAACACAGAGACUCGUACUGCUCCUACAUGGGUCAUUUUGACCUCCUUAAUUAUUUCUCCAUCGCUGAGAACGAGAGCAAAGCUCGUGUGCGUUUCAACUUAAUGGAGAAGAUGCUGCAGCCCUGUGGUCCACCUGCGGACAAACCUGAGGAUGCCUAGCGUGCAGCUGCAGCCCACUGAGUGGACUCUGGUUUUCUCUGCUACAUGUCAAAAUAAAUUCAAGUGUGUACAGUGGAGAGCAGAGGAUUUAAAAAAUUUUGACCAAUUAUUGUAAUGAUUUCUCUUUUUUGAGCCGUUUUACUUUUUGUACGUGACCCUCGACUAUGUCUGAACAAAAUAAAGCUAGAAACUACGGGUUAGUCA